GCGCUCAUCAUCUUCCGUUCCGUCCGGCGUAGAUUUCCCUUGAUGUCCUCCGUGUGUUUUGCAGCCAAGCAGAUUGCGUUAUUUUUUCGCGAUUCGCAGUGGUCGGUCGGUCUCGUAAACGAAACACGAACUUCGGGGACAUCGGAUCGGCUUAGGACGACCAGAACGUAUUCUGCGGUCGAACGUCUCGGACGUAUCGGUGAAUCUGUGUCCGUUGUCGCGUGGUGUGUGAAAGGGGGAGUUCUUACCUAGUUUUUUUUGUUCGGUCUGGAAGUGCGUUGUUACGGGAAAGGAGUAGCUGCCUGCCUUAAAAGGGGGAUCUUCCGUUCCAAUCACGGUUGGAAUUUUGGGAUAUUGGAUCUGCACUCAGGGUGCAGAUAUCCUGGUUCCAGAAUCAGGUGAUUGAUAGUGUGGAAAGAAAUUGUAAAUGUGAUACCCAAUUCGAUAAAUUCUGCAAACAAAACGUUAGUGUAUUUCAAAUUGCAGUGCUGCAAAUUAAUGAAACAUCCAUCAAAAGUGGCGUGCUCAACUAACUCGUCACAGGCAGCGAAAGUGGUGGCAGCGGCGCCAAUCUCAGGAUGGUUGAUAAACCGAAAAUCGACCUCGGAACGGAGGAGAUAGUCAACCCGUCGCCAACCAUCAGCAAGGGAACGGACUGUGGCAGCCCGCCGCACGUGGUCUACCUGACGGAAACGUUCUACAUCAGUUCCAAGAAGAAUACCGUCUUCGAGGUACGCCUAACCGACAAAGGGCUCAGCCUCAAAAAGCAAAGCAAUGGUUCGACCAAGGAACAAACGAUCCCGCUCAAAGAUAUCAUUGGCUGCCGCUGCCUCCGAAGUAAACGGAAAGGCAAGGGAAGCUCGGCUUGCGCAUGCACUUCCAUAUCGGGGACCGCCCAGCUCAAAGUGGUCGAAGAAAACUCCGGCGAGCAGGACGAAUCCGACGUCAGUGCGUAUCUCUACAUCUACGCGUACAUCCUGAAACGAAACCGACGGGGUGGAUUUCGGGAGCGCACAACCAUAACCCUGCGGUUUCGUUCCUUCGACAAGUACGAGGACAACAACAAGGAAGCACAGAAAUGGCGAGCCGCGAUCAAGUAUCUCGUCGCAGGGGAAACAUCCAUCAGGCCCACAUAUCAGCCGAAGGAAACGCGCAAAAUGCUGGUUGUUCUGAACCCGAAAUCGGGUUCCGGCAAGGCGCGGGAAAUGUUCCAGCAACGGGUGGCGCCGGUCCUGGCGGAGGCGGAAAUUUCCUACGAUCUGCACAUAACGAAAAAACCCGACUGGGCCAGGGAGUUUGUCCGGAACCGGGACAUCUACCUCUGGCGGGGGAUAGUGGUGGUGGGUGGGGAUGGCAUCUUCUACGAGGUGCUGAACGGGCUGUUCGAGCGAGAAGACUGGCAGACGGCGAUCGACGAAUUGGCGAUCGGAAUCAUUCCGUGCGGUUCCGGCAAUGGACUGGCCAAAACCAUUGCGCAUUUGUAUGACGAACCCUUCGAAACGAAACCGAUCCUGGCCUCAGCUUUAACCAUGGUCAAAGGCAAACAUUCCAUGUUAGAUAUAGUUAGAGUGGAGACACGGUCUCAAAUAAUGUUCUCAUUCCUGUCGGUUGGCUGGGGCCUAAUCUCGGACAUCGACAUUGAGAGCGAGCGACUGCGGGCCAUCGGUGGCCAACGGUUUACACUUUGGUCCGUCCAUCGGCUAAUCAGCCUACGUACCUAUCAGGGCAAGGUGUCGUACAUUCCGGCACUAGUUAGUAAUAUGAAUCGGUCAAACUCGUUGCCACGGGAAGGUGGUGGUGGCGGCGGUGGCGGCGUAGGAUUACUGAAGCACAGUAUAAGUUACAACACCACCCUGGAUUGCCAUGACUGUAGAAGUGGGGGAGGUGGUGGACCUAACGAUAGCCACAGCAAUUGUGAUGCCUGCGAUACAAAUUUUAGCGACGUGCUAUCGUUGGAAACGGGUAGUAAUCUGGAUACGUUCCGACCUCGGAUCGACAGUUGGUACUCGGCAACGUCCCGGAAGAGCACGUACUUUUCCACCGUGGAUAGUAUAUAUGAGAGUGACCGUGCUUCCAACGAAGGUGCCCCUACAGGUACCAAUGUGGUGCAGAUGUAUGGACCACCUUCCAGGCUUCCAGCACUGACUGCGUCCCUGUCCGACAGCUGGAAAACCAUCGACGGGGAGUUCGUAAUGGUGCAUGCGGCCUACCAGACGCACCUCAGUACGGACUGCUACUUCGCUCCGCUGUCCAAGCUGAACGAUGGCAUCAUAUGGCUACUGAUCAUCAGGGCCGGGGUAAGUCGGUCCCAGUUGCUGUCGUUCAUGCUGGGCCUGAGCAGCGGGUCCCACAUUCCAACGCAGGCCAACCAGUACAUCCAGAUGAUUCCAGUGACGGCAUUCCGGAUCGAGCCCAGUGGGUCCACGCCGGGUCACAUGACCGUGGACGGCGAAAACGUGGAGUACGGACCAAUCCAGGCGGAGAUCUUUCCUAGUUUAGCCAAAGUUAUGGUACCGAAAUGAUUGCGUGCGGGAGUGAGUUUGCGCCAAGAAUGAGUGGGUAUAGUGGUUUGGUGAUGAAUGUUGUUUUUGAUAUUGUUACCAAUUAGUGAAGCUGGGGAGAUGAUAGUGAUGCAAAGAUGGGUGAACGAACUCUGUUCAUGGUUGAAUAAAUUUAUUUAGGUGUUGAUCGUUCCGUUUGAAUUUAGCGCGAUAAAAAUGUUCAUGUGAAUUAUUUCUGAAACCGCUGUUCGUACUUAUUUUACUAUUUUUUAUUAAAGUCUGUACAGCAGAGUAAUGGUUGUUCUCGAAAAAUAUGAGACACAAAAUAUUUCCAAUUAUAUUUUUUUUUCAAACCUUCAGGGUAUGAACUACAGCAUUGCAGUUAGUUUUUUAUAUCCUUCCUAUAACAAGAUCGACAGGAUUCAGAGGAACCUUCAGAAACUAUUACGUGACUAUUUAACUGAUUUUUAAAGAAUUCCUUCUCAGAUUCCUCGAGAGAAAAUUUCAGUAAUUAUCCUAAUGAUUUCUCCAAGGAAUUCAUUUGGAAUUCUUUCAGGGACUCCUACUCCAGAAUUUUUUUUCUAGAUACUCGUCUACCCUUUCUCCUUGAAAUUCUUCCAGAAAUUUUUCAAAGGAUGCUAUAAAUUCAAAAGUCAAUAACGGUGCCGUAAUUACGGUCAUCGGGGAAGGGAAAGAAUGUUAGUUACCCAACCAUUGUUAUCAGAUACCGAAGAAUCCUCUACAUCUUCAUAGUUGUUAUGGAAAAGAUAUUGGGCUAGUGGGAUAAAAUAAGGAUCCGGGUGUCACCGUGGUGAUAUGAUCCAUGAUUUAUUCACGUCUAGCCGAAUUUGCGGUAUUAUUCGAUUAUACGCCGAACAAGUGUUCAUCGUUCGCCCCUGCAGAAGUAAACGACACGUUCAAAACAUCCACACUGAGGCAAAAAAAACUUAAUAAUUUCUUAGGGAAUAAUUAUGAUUUGGCGCCACAACGAUUAUUGUUGAAAUUUUUAAGUUUUACUUAUGAUUUUGGUGAAGAAUUUCAUUACUAAAUUUCAUAAGUCAAUCAAUGAAAAUCAGUAAUAAGGGCAAUCAUAAUUGCUUAACAAAAAUUUUCAAUCACUAAUAAUGGUUGCUUUUUAUGUCAGGCGAUCUCAAAAAUUGAUAUGUUUUGAUAACAUGUGAUCUGUUCUUGAUUAACCUGUACCCAAAAUCGAAAGCGGAGCAGUUCUUUUACCGAUUGCUAUGAAAAUUAUUUCAAGCAAUGGCUCUUAAAUAAUUCAAAGCUCUCACUUAUGAAACUUAUGAUACCGUUUUCGAAAUGUUUAAGCGUUCAAUUAAACCAUAAUUUGGCUGGUUCAUAAAUCAUGAUUUAUGGAAAACUUAAGUAUGUCUGCCUCAGUGCAGCGAUCCGCCACACGUGCACGAACACGAUUGACCCUGAUCGCAUCGCUCGCUCAUGCAGGAGCAAGCGUCGCGAUCAAACGAUUAAGCACUACUUACUAACGCGAUCCUUCCAUAGACUGCUACAGAAA